GCUUUGCAGCAAAGUCCUCCUUCACUCCACACACGCUUCUAAGCCUCGGCACAUCUCCUCACAUCGCUACUAACUACACUUUAUUCAUCCUCCGUGUCAGGAUAAACUCCACUCGUCUCAGUCAACUUUGGACAUUAUUAGGCCCGCUUAGCUUGCUACUUGUUUUAGCGCGCUAGUUAGCUUAGCAUGCUAGUUAGCUUAGCUUGUUAGCUGCUAACAAAGAGACGCGGAUUUGAUCAACACAUCGCUUAGUUAAGAUCAAGUGUGAGUGUAAAGUGUUGUGAUUGUGUGAAAAUGUGCGAAAGAACGAUGGCAGAGUACAAAGAGGAACUUUCUCGAACAAAAGAAGAGAAUAAGAGACUACUUCAACUACUGGACGCUGUUUUCAAGAAACCUCAAGUUGUGUUACACAGAACAGACGUCUGUGAAAAAUAUCGUCCACCUGAGCAGCAGGAGGGGUCCUCCAGUGUGGAGCAGAAGAGGUCACAGCACUUCCACGUGAAAGAAGAGGAGCCACAGCCCCCCCACAUUAAAGAUGAAGAAAAACAGCGGCUGUCCCCCCACUUCAUAGAGAAAGACAAGAGACACCUCAUCAGUGUGAAGAGUGAAGAUGAUGAGGUCAAAGUUGAAAGUGAGGAGCCUCCAAGCAGCAGCUCAACUCAACACAUGACAACAGAAGCUGAUGGAGACCACUGUGGAGGAUCACAAGCAGACAAGCUCUUAGCUCCACUAUCAGAUAGUGAGGACACAACGUCACACUCUCCUGACACUGAUGAUGAAGACUCUAAAGAUGAUAAGACAUGUCACACUGACAACACACACCUUACAUGUUCUCACUGUGACAAAACCUUUAAACACAAUUGUCAUCUAAAAAUACACAUGAGAACACACACUGGAGAAAAACCUUUUUCAUGUUCAACUUGCGGUAAAGAUUUUAAUCAAAGGGGCCAUUUGAAAAUACACAUGAGAACACACACUGGAGAAAAACCUUUUUCCUGCUCAGAAUGUGGUAAAAGUUUUGCAGUAAGUCAAAGUUUAAAAGCACACAUGACAACACACACUGGAGAAAAACCUUUUUCCUGCUCAGAAUGUGGUAAAAGUUUUGCAGUAAGUCAAAGUUUAAAAGCACACAUGAGAACACACACUGGAGAAAAACCUUUUCCCUGCUUAGAAUGUGGUAAAAGUUUUGCAGUAAGUCACAAGUUAAAAGAACACAUGAGAAUACACACUGGAGAAAAACCUUUUUCAUGUUCAGUCUGCAAUAAAUAUUUUACUCUCAGGACCAAUUUAAAAACACACAUGAGAAUACACACUGGAGACAAACCUUUUUCCUGCUCAGAAUGUGGUAAAAGUUUUGUAAAAAAUGUAAGUUUAAAAGUACACAUGAGAACACACACUGGUGAAAAACCAUACUCCUGUUCAAGUUGCAACAAAGGCUUCCGUUACCUAAACACUUUUAAAGUACACAUGAGAACACACACAGGAGAGAAAGUGUUGAGUUGCAGUGUGUGUGGUGAAAGAUUCUCCUAUAAGUACCAGUGUAAGAAACACAAGUGUGCUGGUGAGAACAGCAGCAGCAAAUGAAGAUGCAGGAUUUGAAAUAAACUUUCUAACAACAUCAGCACAUAUAACAUGUGUGACAUCAUUGUUGUGUGUGUAACACAAUCUUGUUGUUAUGCUUAUAACAUAUAUAGAGUAAAUACUUCAGAUUAGUGCUUUUAUUUCAGUCAAGUACAUGAGUUAAUAUACACAUUUGUGUACUUUAAAAUGAACAGAACAAUUUGACUGAAAAGGUGAGAAUAAACAGUACAUAAAAUAUGUUACAUACAAUGAAUAUUUUAUGUGUAGAUAUUCAUAAUUCACUUUUAUACUUAUACAUAAUAGUGUUUUAUAUGUGUUUUUAAAUAAUGAAGUGUUACAUAUUUUAUUUUCUAAUUGUAGAUGAUUCCAUAGAUGAACUCCUUUAUAUGAUAUACAUAUUUGUUUUACAUGUGUUCAUACCUUUGCUUUUGAGUACACAUAAAUCCCUCUUAGUUCAUAUUUACUGGUUCACAUCUGAAACAUCUUCUGGACCACUUCUGGAAGCAUAUUAUUAUUUACUUUAUACAUCAUUUGAGCAGUUGUCCUUUAUACAAUUUUAAAAUGUGUGACUUUAUGAAUCAUUUGUUGGGUCUCUAUAAUCCAUUCUAUUAAUUGUCUUUAUUACUCUCUUGUGUGAUAUGAAUAUUGUUGUGUGAUUGUUUUAUAUGUAUGUCCCCAGACCUUUAUGCAAUAAACAAUGUAUGCUUCAACU